GUGAAAGACAUCUUGGCAUGCCACCAGAUGGCGUUUCAGCGUAUUAUUCCGAAGAUAUGACGAUGGAAGAAGUCCAACUUGUGUCGGAUAUGAUGAAGGAAGUGGGAAUAGAACCGUGGAACACUAGGAUAUGGAGAAGAUCUGGCCGGGGAGAAAAUGGUGAAAUCCCGGAGUACGAUCUUCGUAUAGCUUCAGCCAAAUGUCUUCCAACAAGGACUUACUAUUUUGAGAACAAGUGCACAAUUCAUGUUGUGUUUGGGGACUUCAAAGAUGACCUCAAAGAAGUGGUCAUGCAUUUGAAAAACGCACUACCUUAUGCAGAUACGGACGAACAACGGGAAAUUGUCACCUGUUUUAUCGACUACUUGGAGACAGGAUCGAUCGAAUCCCACAAGCGGAGUCAAGUACUUUGGCUAAAUCAGAAAGAGCCAUCCAUCGACGUUAAUAUUGGAUUCGUUGAGACAUACCGCGACCCCCACGGUUCGAGAGCCGAGUUUGAAGGAUAUGUUGCAACAAUAAACAAGGCUGCGAGCAAGCAAUUUCUGGCCCUCACAGAAAGAGCUGACAAACUCUUGGCUCUAUUACCUUGGCCAAAGGAAUUUCAUGGAGAGAAAUUUCAAUGUCCUGAUUUCACCUGCUUCGAGAUCGUCGUCUAUGCUAAUGGCACAAUUCCAACCGGCAUUAACCUUCCGAAUUAUGAAGACGUCCGCGAGGCUCAUGGGUCGAAGAACAUUUGCCUUUCGAACGUACUAAAUUCAGAGGACUACCGUACCCAGACAUCCUUCUUAUUGGACGAAGAUGUACAAAUCCUGAAGAGAACCAAGGGAGAAGUGUUCUUAAUUCAUUUAGCCUGCCACGAAUUACUUGGUCAUGGCUCUGGAAAACUCUUUACCAAAAGUAAGGAAGGUGAAUACAAUUUUCCACACGGAAAGAUCAGACAUCCAUUCACAGGCGAACCUGUUAUAAAUUGUUAUGGGCCCGGUGACACGUGGAACUCGGUAUUUGAAAACAUCAGCUCAGCAUUUGAAGAAUGCCGUGCUGAAUGUGUUGGAUUAUUCUUCAGCACACUACCUGAGGCCCUGGAAACCUUUGGACAUACUGGUCAGUAUGCUGAAGACUUGAUGUACCUCAACUGGUUGAUAAUGGUUAGAGCUGGUUUUCUAGCUAUUGAGUUUUAUUCGGAGGACAAGGGUCAUUGGCGACAAGCACAUAUGCAGGCAAGAUUUGCAAUACUACGGACCCUUCUUAGUGCUUCAGAACGGGAUGCUGAAGAGGUUUUGGCAAAAGGCACAAGGGAGUCUGCACAAGGCAGCGAAUUUUUAAAAAUUGAACAUCGUCGAAAUCGAAGCGCAGUGAUCCGCCUGAAUCGGAAGAAGAUUAGAAGUGUUGGUUUACCGGCAAUUAGAGAGUUAUUGAUGAAAUUGCAAGUGUAUCGAUCCACAGCAGAUGCAGAGAAAGGUCGAGAAUUUUUCACGGAGCUGACCACCAUACCACGAAAUUUGAUGGAGUGGAGACGAAUUGUGUUAGCAAACAAACGGGCUCGACCAAUUUGUGUCCAAGUCCAUACGAGACUAAUAGAGGACAACGAUGGAGAAUCUCACGUCAUUAUGGAGGAAUUUCCUGCUACUCCGCUUGGAAUUAUUGAAUCUCAUGUAGCGAGAUUCAAAAACUGGGCCUUCGAGUGCUAGGCUUUAUCUUAACAGUGUCGUGUCAUUUUAUACAUAAGUCCAGGUCUUCACGUCGGAAAAUAGACAUUAGAGAUACAUACGAAGUUAUAUGCGCCAAAGUUCAAGGAGAGUUGUAGCAAAUGAAUGGCUAGAAAUGAGUUAUAGGCUAAAAACAUUUGGUGGCGAUUUAUGUGGUCCAGGAUCUCAUAGAAAUUCAUUUGCUAAAUGAUCGAAAACCAAAGGUCUUAAGGCGAGUUUUUAUGAUCCAUGGACCAACCAAUCAUGCCAUGCUUUGAUUAAGACACCAUCCAUCAACAGCGGGAAGUAUAGCCAAGUGGGUGUCUUAAUGUCAACCUUACAUAAAUAACUUCAACAGGAGAAAUCCCUUGUAAAGCUUUUUGGGAAAAAAAACAUAAUUCCGAAAUUGUUCGCCGAGCAUCCUGGAUUCAC